CUGUUAAUGGAUCCACCACUACCCAGUUGCAGCAGAAGAUGGAGUCCAAGCCUUCAACACAUCAUCCUGUAGGAGAUAGUCAAGACUCAAGCUGUGGCUUUUGUUCACUUGUGCCGUCCACACACUCUGACUGGGUGCUGCUCUGGGUUCCUGCAGAGCCCACUGAAUCCACUAGUAACAUUACAACUCUGUUGAAAACGAAACAUCAUGAGCACUUCAGGAGGUAAUGGAAAAGGGAAACCUUUGUCAGCCAGUGAAGAGGAGCGGAAAAAUGUCCUGAAGCAAAUGAAAGUGAGAACUACACUGAAGGGCGACAAGAGCUGGAUAACUAAGCACGAAGACUCAGACCACCAUGCUGUAGCGCUUCCCUCGGGACAAAACUACGCCACACCCUCAUCAGUUGGAGAGGGAUCAAAUGCCAGUUCUCCGAACACAAAGGCUCCUGCUGGUUACAUCAUCCGGGGAGUGUUCACCCGAACAAUAGACAGCUCAUCUAACUCCCAACAGCACCACUCUAAGACCAAUGGAGCUCCAAGAAGUGCUUCUGGACUGCCGGGAGCAGCUAAUUCUGCUUCUGCUCCUCACUCCUCUGGUUAUAAGAUGACUACGGAAGAUUAUAAGAAACUGGCACCGUACAACAUCAGGCGCAGCUCCACAUCAGAGACCGAGGAAGUGGAGAUACCCUUCACCUCAGAUGAACAGAGACGGAGGUCACAAGCUGCAAGUGGUGUUUUGAGGAAGACGGCCCCACGGGAACACUCUUACGUCCUCUCAGCGGCUAAGAAGUCCACUAGCAGUCCGACCCAGGAGCUGCAGGCCCCAUUUAUUGCAAAGAGGGUUGAUGUGGAUGAGGAUGUGCCUCCCGAGAAAAAACAGGAGCCCCCUGCUCUAGCACGAUCUGUUUCUGGCAGUGUAAAUGGAGGAAGAGCCCACGUGUCUCAAGCAAUUCUACUUGGGUGCAUACCAAGUGUUCCCAGCCUCUCUGGAAGCCAGGAACCCAGUUUGAAAACUGAGGAGAUCGUCCGUUUGCAGAUCACAACCCCCAGAGCAGGACUCCGCCUGGUGGCCCCAGACCUGGAAGCCCUGAGCCCCUCAGCUGAUGGGGAGGUGAACAUGGCUCCCAUGACCAUCCAGGCCUGUCAGGAGACAUAUGGUACUACAGAAGGCAGCCAGGGAGACCCAGCUGUGGCCCCUCAACAGCCUGCAGAUCCCAACACCCUGGAGCUGGGGGACAACUUCAGUGCACUCGGUCAGCUCGUCCCAUCUGAGGCCCGUACCAGCAGCACUCCGGCGGCCUGUGAAAAUGUGACCCCCAAGAUAUGUGAGGCCUGGCAGGAGACACCUGAGGUCCUACAAGGUGGCCAAGGGGACCAAGCUGUGUCUAGUCAAGAACUUGAAGAUGCAAGCACUCCAGAGCCACAGAGCAGCCCCAGCGGACUCGAGCAGCAAAUGAAACUGGAUAAUACCAAGCUGCAGAGCCCUUCAAGCUUCGCCGUCACUGUUAAUGUUGCUGCUGCUUCUGAAGAGCUGCGUAUGCCAACUGCCUCAAGUGAGCUGGACUGCAGCUCAACUACCAAAGGGAUUCUCUUCGUGAAGGAGUACAUGGAUGCUACUGAAGUGGCUUCUGGAAAGCCAGUGUUUUCACACUAUGGCAGUAGCAGCAGCAUUGAGGACUCACUGAACCCGGAGAAGAAACCCCCACAUGAAGUAACUCCACCCUCCGAGAGACCAACUGAAGGCGCCUGUACUUACUGCAGCCGAGAGAUCGGAGAUUGUCCAAAGAUUACCCUUGAACAUCUUGGCAUCUGCUGCCAUGAGUACUGUUUUAAGUGUGGAAUUUGUAGUAAACCGAUGGGUGAUCUCCUAGAUCAGAUCUUCAUUCACCGUGACACCAUCCACUGUGGGAAAUGCUAUGAGAAGCUCUUCUAGGCUGAACAGAAGCUGAUGAGUCCCAGAUGCAUUUGGCUGUUUAGUUGUCCCCAAAUUGUUGGUUCUUCUUCCUUUACAUCCUCCCCAACCUGGAGGAGUUUCACUGUACUUAUGCCCACCUUGUACUAAAGUAACACAUCUAGUGUCGUUAUCUCAAUGAUGUUAUAAUUACACAUGUAUGGCCUCUUAUACCUUAGAAAUGCAAAUUCGUAUCUCGGUUGCUCCCAGGAUACAGGACUCCACUUUGACUUCCCUAAGAUAUGUUGGCUAUUGAGUGCAAUGACCUGGUAUCUUAGACAUGAGCACAAGUGUAGGUGUCAGUGUAUGCAGACUUUUGGAGGCUUCUGAGGGGCCAAACCAAAUGCUGUUGACGAUCCCUGGUAGGGAAAUUAUAGGCAUUGAAUGCUAAGGGUUGGAAAUAGGCUAAGGUUUAGCUUGUCUAUUGACUGUAUGUAUUUUAAUUUCUCAUACAAUUUUUAAAGUAGUUGUCUUUGAAUUAUGUAGCAGAUUUAAAAUACCUCCUCCCAUUCUCUGAGUUUUUCCAGUCAGGUAUGUCAGUACAUAUUGGAAAGUUUACCCUGGUUUAAAUUUGAUAGGAUACAAUAUAGGAGGCUUCUAACAAAAGGGAUAUUUGUGUCUGUUUGAAUUUUGACAGCUAGUUCAAGUCUUUACCCCCAGUAUCCUUUUUCCCGGACUUCACAUAGAAAUUUUCUGAACUGCCUCGGGUGUAUACAUCUCAAGACUAAAGAAAAGAGAUAAGGUUUCUUGAGACCUCACCACAUAACAGGCAUCACCACAAAGCACUGGCUUUUAAACUUUUUAAUAGUCUCUAGAUUCUCAUCUUAGAAAUAAAGAGAAGUGGACAGAAUCCAGUAGAAACAAUGUUGUCUCUCUCUGGAGCCCAUACUUUCUCCAGUCGGGACACUGGCCAGGCACUGUGUGGAGGGUCCCGAUACCUACCUGACACCCUGCCCCGAGACAUACUCUUAGAAAUGGCAAGUGUGAAAUUCACUCGUCUCUGGGCUUCUUGGAUCCCUCCCUGAAGCAUCACAAUAAUGUAAUUGCCAUCCAGUAGACGGUGCAGUUCCAGUAGUGACUUGUUUUCUGAUCUUGACUGUUUCAAACCAACAUCAACUUCUAGGUCCCCAGGUACUCAAAGCGCUAAAAGCUGAUGCCUGGCAGAGCAAGGCAGGUUCAUCCCUGCAGUUUGCUCAUAGACUGCUCUGAUUCAGCUUCACUCUGCAGCAUUAAAGUAAGAUCCUUGAAAGCAAUAAUAGCCCUCAAGAUUUGGGGAUGCAAAAUUGAGGCCUCUUCAUUUGAUUUACUUAUAAAAUAGCUCUUCUCUUUCUUCAGAUUUUGAGUCCUAAUCACAUUUAAGCAUGGACUUGUUCUUCCUAUCAAGUUAUCAGAGAACAUUCUAUUUAUUUGUGUAUUUAUCUGCUGCAUGUACUCUGAAGGGGAGAAAGAAUACAGUAGGUCACAUCCCCACACUAAUUAUCAACUAGUCUUUCUCAGUCCAUUUCUAGCACGGGACUUGGCAGAUGGUGGGCAGUAACAUAUGGGUGCCAAAUGAAUUAGUAAAAGUCUCUCCUUUGGUUAGAAGUGUUACUUGGGAAUCUCCUUGCAGGCCUCAAAGAUGGGAUCCAAAGUAAAGAGGCCAUGGUGGAAUGGUUUCCCCAUCUUAAAGGUGUACUCUAUCAUUUAAGCAGUUUCAGAAAUAUGGAAAAUACUCUAAGACAGCUUGCAGUGUUUUAGUAUUGAUUUGAAUUCAAAAUAGCCCUUUUCUCUCAAAAAAUUCUGCAAUUAAGAGGUUGGUUUUUCAUUAUUUUCUUUUUAAUUGCUUAGUUUCUAGUUAUAUUUGCUUAAUCCACAUUAAUGUAUGCAAAUUAUAAUAAAUGUUAAGAUAUUACA